AUGGCUUACCGCUUUAGAAAGCUGAAGCAAACGCUUAGAAUAAUCCCAUGUACAAAAUCUAUAGGGUUUUCUACUCGUGCCAAUGAAGGGGAUCAGUCAAAGAAUUCACCUAUAGACGGGAGCCCAGUAAGCCCAUCCCUAGACAGAAAGGAAGGUAGAGUGCCAUGUGCUACUAAUAGCGAUCAAGCAGUUUUCUGUCUGGGUGAUGGAUUUCCUAGUGUACCAACAACUUGUACUGUAAUAAGAUCGUCGAGCGAAUCAGAUUUGCAGAAUCACUUACAGCCAUUUCGCCACUGUAGAAAUGUCAACCUGCCAGCCAUGUGUAAAGACAAUGUCCAGGUGUUGCUUCCAAAAAUAUGUGAUGAAGACCCGACUGAUGAUAAAGACCUGGUCUUCACUGCAGUCAAAUCUGUCGGAUUUACAAGUGAUGACAUUCUUGUCCACCCUCGUGCUUCAUUUGUUGACAGUAACAUCAUAGUGUCCACUCGAGAACAUAUCCCAGUGGACAUCAUUACCCAUCAGCACUUUCGACGACUUGCUUAUGAAAUGGUGCUAUUUUCUCAUGACUUACCACAGUUGGACGGGACUGUCGGUGUUGACUGCGCGUCAGGGUCCCCCAUGUGUAACGGCGUUAGUCAGCCACUGUCACAUGUUUAUCAUUAUUCUGACUCUGGUUCAAAUUCCAGGCCUAAAGGAAAAAAUCAUUCAAAAGAUGGGCCCAGCCCAGAACAGUUGUUGGAAGCAAGAGAGAAGGUGGAAGGUUUGGUGAUACAUUUAUUCUCAGGUUACCAUAAUUUCAAGGUGCUACACAAAAAUGUUGUCUUGGAAAAUAAUCUCUUUGGAGACAACAAGAUUUCUGUAGGGCUAACGGCAUACAAGCUAUCUCUGCUGAAGCUUCGACUGCAAAUUCACACUCAGUUAUUCAGUACUUCGAUGGAGAUUCUGAGUGUGACAACUUUAGAGCAGACAGGAGUUAUCCGUAUACACUGGAGGCUUAAAGGUCUGCCACAAAUUCAGAACCUCAAAUUUUGGCGAUUGUUUCAGUCUCGUCCAGCCAUCAGUAAAGAAGAUUGGGAGUGGCUGGAAGCAUUUUCAUAUUUCCACAUUGGAAAAGAUGGCCUAGUUUAUAAACACAGAAUUGAUAGGAUGAUGCCAGACGACAACCAGCCUGACCUGACAGAGAAGCUGAGAGGACUCCUUAACCCUGCCAAGCCACUGGUCAACUAA